AACAACAAGUGUAACAACUGUAACAACAAAAACAGCAACAAUUUUGAACACUUAUUUUCGACUAGACGCCAUUCACAAUGAAGCCAUCGGAUUUGCUGCUAGUGUUGGAAAAGGUCAAGUUCAGGGUGCCAUUGCCACCGGGUGUCAGCUCCACAACACUGCUGCCGAAACUCAUACGCACCAAGGAUGUGAAGCAGCUGCAGGAUGGAAAUGCACAGCCCACAAAGCCCAAGCUAACGAAAUGUCUCAACACCCUCGAUCUGACCUCAUUGGGCAUUGGGUCGUGCUGCGGUACCGGCAUGUACCUCGUUGCCGGCAUGGUGGCUCAGAGAAUGGCUGGACCCGGUGUGGUAAUUAGUUUUAUUAUAGCAGCGAUCGCGAGUAUUUUCUCAGGCGCUUGCUAUGCGGAAUUUGGCGUUCGUGUGCCACACACAUCCGGCUCGGCCUAUAUGUAUUCAUAUGUGGCAGUUGGAGAAUUUGUAGCUUUUAUAAUUGGUUGGAACAUGAUAUUGGAAUAUCUAAUAGGAACAAGUGCCUGUGCCUGUGCGUUAAGUUCUAGUUUUGAUUCGUUGACUGGCAAUGCGAUUGCGACUGCGAUGAGCGAGUCUAUUGGCACGAUAUUCGGCAAACCACCUGAUUUCAUUGCCUUUGGCAUAACACUCAUGAUGACCUGCGUUCUGGCGAUGGGCGCCAGUAAAUCAGUUAUUUUUAAUCACACUCUAAAUGCCAUCAAUCUGGCAACGUGGGUUUUUGUUAUGGCCGCCGGUCUCUUCUAUGUGGAUACCAAGACGUGGUCUGAGCAUCAGGGAUUUUUGCCCUACGGCUGGGGUGGUGUCUUCUCGGGGGCUGCCACAUGUUUCUAUGCAUUUAUUGGUUUCGAUAUUAUCGCAACCACCGGCGAGGAGGCUCACAAUCCCCAAAAGAGCAUACCGAAGGCCAUUGUGGGUUCCCUAGUUGUUGUCCUUAUUGCCUACGUCACCGUUAGUCUAGUCCUUACUUUAGUCGUGCCGUAUGAUCACAUCAAUGUUGGAGCCGCACUUGUCCAGAUGUGGUCCUAUGUGAAUGCCCCCAAGUGUCGAGCUGUGGUUGCAGUUGGAGCUACCGCCGGACUCUCGGUGGCUAUGUUUGGAUCCAUGUUUCCCAUGCCGCGUGUCAUCUAUGCGAUGGCCCAGGACGGCUUGAUUUUUAGGCAACUGUCGCAUCUGUGGCAGAGGACAAAUGUGCCUGGACUGGCGACUAUUGGCAGUGGACUGGCAGCCGCUUUGGUAGCACUCACCGUUCGGCUGGACAUUCUGGUGGAGAUGAUGUCGAUUGGGACACUGUUGGCCUAUACCCUGGUGUCCACCUGUGUGCUCGUGUUGCGCUAUCAGCCGCACAGCACAUCGUUGGUGGAACUGUUACCGGCUCAAUUGAGGACACCACUGGCUCCUGGUACGGCAACGGAUCCUCAUGCCCGGCCGUCCGAGGUGCUGGAGCCGAAUAAGCUGACCAUUAAGCGGGUGACACGCGGCAUGUCCGAUUCGGAUGAUUCGUUUAUCGAUGACAGUCCCGAAGGUUAUUUGGGCGGUCGGGAUGAUCAGUUUCUGGUGUCGGAUCGAUCGGAGAAUAAGUUUUAUGGCAGUGUUCAUGGUGCACCAACUGGACCCACUGGACAGGCAACCGCAUUCGAUACGAUGGGUUUGAAUUUCAUCUCGCGUAAGAUACACGAUUAUGCGUAUCUGUGUCCCGGAUUCUUUCCCUGGAUUAAUCCCGGCCAGGCGACCACCGAAAGUGGCAUGUAUGUCACGAAACUAGUUGGAAUCAUGUUUGGUCUCAUAUUCUUCUUGGAUUUGUUCGCUGCCAUCGGUUGGUCCGGCGGCCUCGCCAUCUUCAUUUAUAUCAUUUUAUUUAUCGGCAUAUUUGUGAUAUUAUUGAUUAUAUCAAGACAACCACAGAAUAGAUAUGCACUCGCGUUCCUUACGCCUGGACUUCCAUUUAUUCCGGCUAUCGCAAUAACUGUUAACAUUUAUUUAAUAUUUAAGCUAAGCAUACUGACCCUAAUUAGGUUCACCGUCUGGAUGUCCCUCGGCUUCAUCAUGUACUUCUACUACGGCAUCACGCACAGCAGCCUCGAGCAGACCACCGAUGAGCUGGAACUCCAUGUCGACAAGGAUUAUAGCAAAAACGUAGAUGACAAGGCCGUUUGGGAUCAGCAAUCGUAUAAUCAGACACACGAACCCGUCUGGGCCAGCAAGGAAAUUAAGCAGCCCACAAAGCAACGUUAUAGCUAUGGAAAGACUUCGACAUCGACAUCAUCCAAUGCUGGCUCAAAGAAUCCUCCAAAUGCUGGUAACAAGUCUGGUAAAUCAACAGAAACGGGUGCAGCGAGAGAACCUGGAACUGGAACACAUGGAACGACGGGAAAUUCAUCCGGACGUAAACUUGAGCAUCAAUAUACUGGACAGUUUAGCAUGUUUGUGGAUGAAGGACAAUUCCCCACGUGGGAUGACUAAAAACAUGCUUAACAACAUUCCCGAAUCGAUUAAAAAACAAUAACUACUGUAGGGUUGGUACAGCUACCGUCUGAUGUACCGUUUUGUGAUCGUUAGUUCCCCAAUCAGUUGUUAAACAGUUAAAUCCUAUCGGAAAUUGAAUCACAACCCAGUCAAGUCAAAAACACUCAAAACUAUCUACACUGGAAGCUGGAAAUAGUGAUUAAAAUUAGUUUUGAUUCAAUUAUUUUACAUUAGUUGAUUUGAAAAUCG